AUGCCAAGUGUGUUGAAAGAUAUUUUCCAACUGGGAAGAUGUCUCAUGUACAACAACCCUAACUGUGCAAUCUUUGCUUGGAACUGCAUGAGAGAUGGCAUGUACUACAACAGACCUAGUUUUCCAAAUGCAUUGGGUGAAGAGGGUGGGGAUGUGCAGAGGCUUCGGGUGAGGCUUGGUAUUGACUCAAAUACACCAAUGGGAUUCUCCAGAGUCACCUUGGAUGUCUAUGUGGUGGUCAAGGACUCGGCCUAUGAUUUCUCCAUGAGUAUGAGUACUACAAAGAAACCAUUCAAGCAGACAGUGAUGCUUUCCAUUUUCCUGGAUGAUCAUGAAACCGAACCCCAAGCAACCAUGUUUUUCCUAGUGAUGACCUUCCACUACAAAUAUCUCAAGGAUGAACAUGACAAUGGAAACUCGAGUGCAGAUUUGGAUUCAGACAUGAUGGGGAAUGCUAAAAAGCGACAGAAAACUUAA